AUGUACAACGCCUACGUCGCUCCUGUUUCAACGGGCAACCAGCCCAACAUGGCAGCAUCCAAAGCACCUGCGGCACCUAUGGCGCGAGCAAUGCCGUCUUCACCUACUUUUCCAGGCCCUCCUGGUUCUGUGGGACCACAGGGCUUACCAGUCCCGCCAGUUGAGACGCUCGAGCAGCGUAUCUAUGACUUGCUUGCUCCCUUUCGCGAAGCUGACAUCGAUGCUGAUGGUUCGAUCGACCUACCUUCUCGUAAGAGCGAGUGCAAAGCGCUCAUCUUGUGCGGCAAGUAUUCCAACACGCUCUGCAUAAUGCAGCUGUUGACCCGCACGCCAGAGAAUAUCGCCUUCAUCAUCCGCCACAAUCAGACCGGCUACGGCAAGCAUAUCGAAUCAAACGAUGUUUCUUUCGCAGCAAAGAGCUGGGCUGACAGGAUAACGGGCAGCGGCUUUGUGGGUAUCUGUAUCUUCGUCAACGGCAACGGCUUUUCACACACUGUUUUAAGGACGACCAUGGCGAAGGGUGAGAACGUGGUUGAUAAGUUGUUCGAGAAGACGGAUGAGCUGCUGCAGCCCUUCUUUCCGGACAUCUGA